GGGGUCAUGCGCAGUCAGUCUCAUUCCCAGGAAGAGUCAGUAGCUAGCAUGCUGGCUAGUUAACUUAGUGGUGUGUCUACUCUGCUCUCCCGACAUGAUGGGGGCUAAAACCAGCACCAUCGUCGCUGGGGUGGCCGGAGCCCUGUUCAUUGGAUAUUGCGUUUAUUUCGACAGAAAACGACGAAGUGAUCCGAACUUCAAGAAAAGGCUGCAAGAACGCAGAAGUAAACAGAAGUCUUCCCAAGAGAAGACUGGACUAAUAACGCUGCCUGACCUGAAGGAUGCGGAGGCUGUACAGAACUUCUUCCUGGAGGAAAUCCAACUGGGAGAGGAGCUGCUAGCACAAGGAGACAGCGAGACGGGUGUAGACCAUCUAACAAAUGCCAUAGCGGUGUGUGGUCAGCCKCAGCAGCUGCUCCAGGUGCUACAGCAGACUCUACCUCCUCCAGUGUUCCAGAUGCUGCURACCAAACUGCCCACCAUCAGCCAGAGAAUCGUGAGUUGUCAGACUUUGGCAGAAGAUGACGUUGAGUGAAUGAGUUGGUGAGGUUUGUGUGUGCAACUGCAUGUGUGGCUGUUGACUGGCUGUGUGGCCUAGUCAAGAUGGCUGCCAUUGGGUGUCUUUCUCACCAACCAGGACAUUGGCUGACUGUACCUCCCCCAUGCCUCAGUGCUAUAUAAGAGAAGCCCUGUCCCAUGUCCCCUCUUCAGUCUACUGUYAAACAUUCCCUAUGCAGUAGCCCUCAUCUCAGACUCUACUAAUCUUGACAGACUAAAUGAAUGUGUUAUAUUAUUUAGCCUAAACAAAUUGAAUAUUUUUUUWUAUAUAUAACUAAUACUCUAGAUUAUGUAGAGAUGACGCAUCAUUUCAAAAUGUGGUGCCGCAGGUUUUCCCAAUUGUACAUGAAACAUUAUGUAAAGAGGUUGGCUCUGUUUGUCCCCGUGUCAUGUAUAUGUGAGGUGGAGUGGGCUCUCUUUAUUAGGUCAAUUGUUUUCUAAGAUGUCAGUGGAAUAUGUACAUUUUUUGUGUUUCUUAAAUCAAGUCAUGAAAUAAAAAUGUGAGAAUGUG